ACGCGGGAUCGCUGCAGCCCCAAGAAGAAUGGCGUCCUCCGCAGCGGUGGCGGGAAAUCUUGCCGCUGCGUUCGGCAGCAGCAGUAGCAGCAGCAGCAGCAGCCAGGUAGUGCUUAGGAACGACGAUCGAUGCGCGAUAUCAUUCUUUGCUCGGCCCGGCAGAUUGAGGGGGCUCGAUUCUCUUAGAGUAGCCACUAGGACUAGAGCCACCACGGGUUGCAACGCUGGGAACCUGGUGUUUGACGCGGUGGAAAGCGCAUCCUGUUCGACUCCCAUUGACAGGAGUAGCUUCUGGUUGCAGCCUUUGUCCCUGUCACAGCCAUGCUCGGACAUGAGGACGUUAGACAAGUGGGUGCAAGAUCACAUAGUCGAGAUAGUGAAGAACAUUCGGGAGGCACCAUUCCUCCAGUACAUAUUCGAUUCGAAGGGCAUUAGGACGCAGAGGCGCAGGGUUCCUCCGAGUGCCUUGGAGCAUACCCCGUCCGAGUGCUGGAACUACGUGAGGGAGUCUGUAACGACUGCGUCUCCGGACGGUUUAAUCCUCGUCCGGAAGCUUGACGAGCAAACAUCCAGACUGGUUCGCGACGCACGAUCGCUGUCUGCUGCUGGCCAAUGCCCCAUGCAAGAUAGCCUCUGCCUCCGGAGAUCGUUCGACUUGACCCGGUCGUGUGGACGUGACAAGGCCGCCGGCAACGCCCAGUCAACAAAGGACGGCGGCGAUGGCGAUGGCGAUGGUAGCAGCGUAGAUGUGUGGGGGGUUUUGGUACAGGGAAAAGGCGACGCAGGCAGUUCGUGCUACAUACUGGAGACAACUCGCGCUGUCGUCCCCGGCGGGACGUCGUGCACCAGAUUUUGUCUCACAAGGGCGCAGUGCUUUGGACCGUCUCUCCAGGCGCAAAUGGUAUUGAUGUGGCUGCAAAAGUGAUACGUCGCCUCUAUAGCCAGCCCCCCUCUGAAAACAAAGCUACCUAGGAAACUGGGUGUUUUGUCACAAUGCCAUUCAUUCGCGUAAGUUACGCUUAACGAAUGUGAUGAGGGCACAUGGGAGCAUAUGACUUUUAGCUGCAUGGCCCAUGUUCCUGCUUCCAAAUUCCAAAUGCCCAAUCCAAUCUCUCCUACUUUUUCUUUUUUUGUUUUUGUGCAUCAUUCUGGAUGAGGGGAGGAAAUAGUUUAGUUAUCUCCUCCCCAGUUCUGCAAAUUCUCUUGUUGCUCUCGCGUGAUGUAAUCGUCCUCUAAUCCUCUAAUCAUCUGUGACGGUUUCUCCAUUCACUCGGCUGGUGGCGUCUUGUGGCCCAACCAAGCUUUCACAUCAACGAGGCGAGUCCAAUUUAGCAGAGGCCAGCAAGCCAGCUGGAGCUCCAAGGUGUCGGUCAGGCGCAACGGCCUAGAGCCGGUGGCUGGCGGGCUUGUGGCGCACCAAUGGAUUACGUGCAACCGGCCAUUGCCGGUUGCCAGCCCAUUACUCUUUGUUAAAUAUUCCCUUGACGUGGAAAUGGAAGAAAAUAGCUUGAGCAACAGGCACGUCUGCUCCGGAAACGCGGGCGAGGCGAGGCGAGCAAUCUGGGUGGGGGAUGUGCCCAGCGCUGGAUCCACCUCCAUUUCACACCCUCUGCGGCGGCAGCGCUCAUCCUCUCCACCUCAAAUCGGAGAUGUGAGUACACACAGCGGCGAGACAUGGAAGAGUGUGCGGUCGCGGGCGAGGAGGCGGAUCAAGAUCGGUCACUGUGCGGUCGGCAGAGUAUCACGGCCAGUAGUUUUGGCUUCCCCGCGGCGGCCCCGAUUAGCAUCGCCAUGAUUUUGGCAUCGCCAACCAAUCCAGCUCUGCUGCAUUGCUGCUGCUAGGUCUUCGGGGCGGGGGAUCGAGGGCGCCAGAGAUGUGGUGGUUUGUGAAGCUCGACGCGCUGGCCAUUCUUGUAGGUAUGAUGGUGAUAGAGUCUUGGGGCGAUUGCCCGAGCUCGUCCGGCCGAUUGGACGUGGAGGAGAUCUGCGGGCGCGGCAACCGCAGAAGCGUUGCGAGGCCGCACAGUGUGUCCAUCACAGAGUUCGGAGCUGUCGGGGAUGGGCAAACCGUGAACACGGUGGCGUUUCAGAAUGCCGUCUUUUAUCUGCAGUCGUUUGCUCACAAGGGUGGCGCGCAACUCUACGUGCCCGCCGGCAGGUGGCUAACGGGCAGCUUCACGCUCAUCAGUCACCUCACGCUCUUUCUCGACACGGGCUCCGUCAUCCUCGCCUCUCAGGAUCCACACGACUGGCCUUUAAUAGAUCCAUUGCCGUCGUACGGGAGGGGCAGGGACCUCCCGGGUCGGAGGCACAGGAGUCUAGUCUAUGGCAAGGAUCUGGAAGAUGUAGUGAUUACAGGUGGAAAUGGGACAAUAGACGGGCAGGGAUCGGUGUGGUGGCACUGGUUCCGUAAUCAGUCCCUGAAUUAUACAAGGGGCCACUUGGUGGAGUUCAUCAAUUCGAAAAACAUCGUGGUGUCAAAUAUUAGUCUCCUGAAUUCACCAUCCUGGACCAUCCACCCUGUUUAUUGCAGCAAUGUUGUCAUCAGAGGCGUGACCGUGGUUGCCCCUUCGGAGUCACCCAACACUGAUGGUGUCCAACCAGAUUCUUGUACCGGCGUCUGCAUUGAGGACUGUGCGAUAACCAGCGGCGGCGACGCUGUCUCGGUCAAGAGCGGCUGGGACGAGUAUGGCAUCCGGGUUGGGCUCCCGAGUGCCAAGGUCGUGAUCCGGCGAAUCACGGCCCAGGCACCCGCCAGCGCCGCCAUCGCCUUUGGCAGUGAGAUGUCGGGCGGGAUAAAGAAUGUGGUGGUGGAGGACGUUCGAGUGUUCAACUCAAAGAUCGGAGUCCACGUUAAGACUGGGGCGGGCCGCGGAGGCUACGUCAAGAACAUCUCGGUCACCAACGUCACCAUGGACAGUGUGCUCACGGCAAUCGCCUUGAGCGGCAACAGUAGCAGCGAGCAUCCUGACGAGGGCUACGACCCGCUGGCGUACCCGGUGGUGAGAGGGAUUUACGUGAACAAGGUUUGGGGCCGGAACAUCUCCCACGCCGGAAGCCUGAGAGGCUUGGAGGCGGCCCCGUUUGAGGACAUAUGCUUGUCCAACAUAACUCUCGAGGUUGACGACGCCUCGCAGGGAUCCAAGUGGGACUGCUCCAACGUCAAAGGAGCCUCUCUCGGCGUCACUCCAACGCCGUGCCGCCAGCUCCAAAAUCUCCUCGUCCUCGUCCUCCCCACUCGGACCUUGACAAGUCAAUGACCCCCCCACGUACUUUUGUAAUAAGUAAAGGAGUUCGUACCUAUAUUAUAUAUACGUACAGACUUGAACGUC